AUAGCUCAAUUAGUUUGAUUAAUUUGAGAAAGGUUAGUUUGCAAUUACCCAAGCUUUGUCUUGUAUCUGGUGAGUGUAAUGCUCACAAUAUAGCUUUCAGUUGUGAUACUUCCAGGAUAUAUUUGAUGAUGCUGAUUUAUGUAUUUUAAAUUCUGGUGAAGCUACCACUAUUUCUAGACCUGGUAAUAUUGCAUCAACCAUUGAUGUUACUUGUGUUAGCCCUGAUAUUGAACCACUUUGUGAGUGGUAUGUUGGUGAUGAUUCUUUAGGGAGCUAUCAUUUACCUACUUUUGUUAACAUCAUUACCUCAACUCAAAAAUAUACAGUUCAAGAGUCUAUACAUAUAUUUAUAUAAUGAAACAAACUGUAAUAUGUACAAAGACAAAUCCAAAGAUAUAUUUGAUAAAUUUUCUCCCUCAACUGUUGAUCCUUUAGUUCAAUAUCAUGUAUUUUCUAAAUUGCUACUUAGUUUAAAAGAAAACUGUGUUCCAUUGUUAAAACAUAAAUCUUUUAGUAAAAAGUCUGCUCCUCCAGCUCCUUGGUGGAAUGAUACUUGUGCUGAGGCUGUAAAUCAAGAGAAGCGUUGUCUAAUUAUAGACAUAAUAUGACAAUGGACAAUUAUAUUAUUAUAGAAUAUAAGAAAAUAGAUUCUAGGAAAAAAAAUAUCAAAAUGGCUAAGAAAGACAAUUGGAAAAGUCUUUUAAUAGAUUCACUCCAGUAUCCCGAGCGUGGAAUUUUUUUAGAAGAUUUAAGAGAAUAACAUUAAUAGAAAUCUGUCCAAAAAUGAUGAGUGGAUCGAAAGUUUUUUAGAGAAGUUAGCGCAGCUUAGUAAUAACAACGAUAAUAUUUCUGCUUUAUUUGAAUUUAAUGAUGUAAGUCAGUGGAGCAAAUUUCGACUUAACUCUUUUUAUUUUUAAGAACUCGACAUGGCUUUGUCUUGAAAGAAUACUACCCCUGGUCCGGACGAUAUUCCUUAUAUUAUGAUUCAAAAUCUACAUGUUUCUGUAAAACAUUCUACUUAAUAUUUUAAAUUCGCUUUGGUCUCAGCAAUUUAUUCCAGAAUCCUGGAGGUUGCAAUUUGUCAUACCAGUGUUAAAACCUGACAAAACCAAUGAUCAUUUUACUUCGUACAGACCCAUUUCUCUUACAUCUUGUUUUGGUAAAUUGUUUGAGCAAAUGAUUAAGAUUAGAUUGGACUAUUUUGUUGAAAACCAGAAAAUUAUUCCUUCUUGUCAGUUUGGAUUCAGAAAAGGCAAAAGUGCAGCAGAAAGUUUUAUAGCUUAGGUACCUGACUGAUAUGAAGAAGUGUUUGUUAUUAGGUUCUACUGCAAUUUGUGUUCUCCUUGAUAUGCAGGGGGCAUAUGAUAAUGUAGAUCUUCACCAAUUAAUUAGGGUGCUAUAUUCUUUGCGCUUCCCAGGAAAACUUUUAAAAUGGAUUUUCAAUAUGUAUUUUGGUCGUUCUUUAUACAUUAAAUACAGGGUUUUCUUCGGGUAACGUCGGGUGUGAACACAAGUGUCUUCGAAGCUUCCCGGUGUUUUAAUUGAUAAUAUUCGUUUAAAUUGCUGUUGACUUGCGCUACUGAUUCGUGUUGGUGUUGGUAUAUAUCUGUUGUGUCGUGAGUGUAAAUAUAUUGUGUUUGUUAUAUUAUUAAAAGGUAAGAAUCAUGGAUGAUCCGCACGAUCCUGGGGGAGGUUAUAAAGGACCACGUGCGCCCCACUCAAAAAACUUUUCUUCUCAGAUGGAUAUUGAUCCACCCAAUUCCAGAAAACGACCACCACCACAGUCUGAGGAAAACAUUCCCCCUAAAAAAACGAUUACUAAUCUUUCACAAACUUCGCCGUCGAUUCAGUCUACGUACACACAUCCCGAUUUUGUUGAACGUAAGACCCGAUACUGUGAAGAUGACAUUGCCCCUUUUCUAGUCCACGUUAGUAAGACGGUAACAGAUGUGUCUGCUGGUCCCACCUUGAAACCCAUCAAAUUCGGACACUUUCUAUUCAGAAACAGCAUAAAAAAUGUAAUCCAGGAUGGUGUGAAACGCAUUGGCCGCAACAGGGUUUCAGUGGAAUUUAAAUCUGUUGCUGCGGCUAACGCUUUUCUAGAACACCCAGCACUUCAGCCGGCUAAAUUUGAAGCGAACAUCCCAUCUUAUAAUGUUACACGAAUGGGAAUUGUGCGUGAUAUUCCAGUAGAAUGGACUUUAGAGGAGCUGGUCCAAUCGGUAGAAGUUCCUGCUGGCUGCGGUGCAGUCAUUAAAGCACGCCGCUUGAAUAGGAAGAAAACAGAAAAUAAUGUCCCUACCUGGAUACCUACCCAAUCUGUAGUUUUAACUUUCUCUGGUCAAAAACUUCCAAAUCGUAUUUUCUGUUUUUUUACUUCUCUCCUAGUUGAAGUUUAUGUCCUUCCCAUUAUCCAGUGCAACAAGUGCUGCCGAUUCGGUCAUAUUUCAACGCAGUGCCGAUCCGCCCCUCGCUGCUUUAUUUGCUCCCAACCCCACGAAGGAAUUACCUGCUCGAAGUCAUCCCUUCUAUGCCUGUUCUGUUCCGGCCCCCACUCUGCCACUGACACAUCCUGCCCAGAGCACAGUCGACAAAAAUCGAUCAAAUUAGUUAUGUCACAGGAAAGCAUCUCAUAUUUAGAAGCAUCGGCUAGGUUCUCACAGGUGAGAAGAUCAUUUGCAGAUACUGCCCGAAUGACUCAAUCAUUUUCGUCCACGUAUCCUCCGACUAUUCACACUGAUCUCUCUCAGCCACUCCAUUCCAAUUCUCAGUCCUCUUCUUAUAAGAAGACUGUUAAUAUAGCCCGACGCCCUUAUUCUGCUGCCCUAAGCCCAGGCUACGAUAGAGAAGCCCACUGUCGUAUUGUAGAUACUCCAGCCUCCACUACUCCCAAUGGAUGCGCUCUGUUAUCCCCCAACCCCCCUCAACAAGAAAAUCUACUAGAACUUCUCUUGUCCACCCUCAUCAACAUCAUUUCGAAAAUGAAUGAUGUAGCCCUACCGAACAACGUCUAUCAAAAACUGACUCAGCUGAUUUCGAUUUUCAACAAUGUUCCCAACAAUCCUACAGUGGAAUUGUCGCAGCAUUAGAUUAAAAAAAGCUGAACUGAUUUUUCUCAUAAAUAAGCAUAAUCCCUUGAUUUUUGCUGUCCAGGAGUCACGCCUACUCCCGGGCUCCCGCUUCAGGGUUCCUGGUUUUGCGUGCCUCCGGGAUGAUAAGAACAAUGGAAAAUGCGGUAGCUGCAUUUUAGUUCCGAGAUCCAUCCCAUAUUCCCAGAUCACCCUCCCUCCACAUGACAGUAACUGCUUCAAUGUAGUGGCUGUUAGAGCCUUAGAUAUAUGUUUUUUAUCUGUUUAUAUACCUGAUCCUAACAUGUCCAUCCUAACAAAUCUAUUCUCAAUCAUUGGUGCCCUCCCCCCUCCUGUUGCUGUAUUGGGUGACUAACAUCCACCACAGUUCAUGGUGUUGUUAUCAGAAUGAUUCCCUAUCCUCCGCCUUCCUUGACCUAGUUGAUGACCACAACCUCUGCAUCCUCAAUGACGGCUCCCCCACACGUAGAGUUCUUCCUGGCCAGAACCCAAAAUCCGCUGUAGACCUUUCUCUAUGCGCUCCAGCCACCUCUUCGCGCCUCACAUGGUUUACGCUAUGCAAUACGCAUGGUAGUGAUCAUUUCCCCAUCCUUAUGUCCUUUCCUGACUCCUCUAAUUAUAUACUCCCCCCUCGCAACCCUCGACUUAAAUUUAAUUUGUCCAAGGCGGACUGGACCCAGUUCUCUCAGUCUGUUGACGCUCUUUUGGCUAAUCUUCCCCCAGUCCCCCAUGAGAACACCCAUUCUGCUUACUCCAUCUUUAGGAAUGCUUUACUUUCAGCAGCAGAGACUGCGAUUCCUACUAAAAACGCUUCUAGGGGUAAAAUUCCAUCACUUCCCUGGUGGGACUCUGACUGCUCUGAUCUAUGUAAACAACGUAAAGAAGCCUAGAAGGAGUACGCGUUACACAUGUCUCCAGCUAAUUACAUAAGUUAUAAAGAAGUAGCUGCAAGGACAGUCAGAACACUAUCUGAACGAAAGAGACUGGACUGGAACAUGUUUUGUGAGUCUCUUUCUCCCAGUUCCCGCCCUUCUUUGGUCUGGAAUAUUGUCAGGAGAUUUCGCGGAUCCGUAUCUGUAGACCACAAUUCUUCUUCGAACGACCCAUCGGUUUGGAUCGAUUCAUUCUCAUGUCGACUUGCUCCCCCUUACGUUCCCACCUUAGCUGAGUCCUCUUCCCUUCCCCCUCCGCUUUCACCUACUCCUGAUACUCUUGUGGCCCCUUUUUCUCUGGAUGAACUCACUGCAGUUUUGGAGUCUCUUAAGGACUCGUCCCCGGGAAUCGAUGGAAUACCUUAUUCAUUCAUUGUCAAAUGUAGCUUUACGUCCAAAUUAAUGUUUCUAAAUAUAUUAAAUAAUAUUUAUUCUUUAGGAAUCCCUCCAGAUGAAUGGAAAACUCAAAUAAUCGUCCCUAUCCUCAAGCCAGCAAAACCUAAUAACGAGUCAAGUAGCUACCGUCCCAUCGCCCUAGCAUGUACCAUGAGCAAAAUUUUAGAACACCUUGUUAAAAAUAGAUUGGAGUGGUUUGUGGAGAGUAGAGGCAUCCUCCCUGCAAGUCAAUUUGGUUUUAGGAAGGGAUUGAGCACUAUGGAUAGCGUAGGUUGCCUUGCAAUGGAUAUACGCAUUGCUCUCCCUAAAAGAGAGUCCUUGGUUGGGGUUUUUCUUGACAUUGCAUCCGCAUACCAUAAUGUCCUUCUUCCUGUACUCAGGCAAAAAAUGCUCCAGCUGAGUAUCCCAGAGAAGAUGGUUAACUUCAUAUCUACACCUACCUACCUAUUCCAACCUAUCCUUUUUAAACUUCCAUUCACAAUAUUUUUAACAGAAUUUAUUUUGUGAAAACGUCCAAAUGUAACUGGAUGUAGAGUAACAUUAUCGUCGGGAGAUGAAAACUGUUUUUGAACUUGUACAACAUAAGGAGCAGCCUCGAAUGAGUUAUAUAACAGCCUUGCAACAGGGGGCUGUGGCCGUGGUGGAGAGUCCGUGUUAUUUUUUUGUAUGGGCUCUACUACUAUAGCAAAAUUAUUGCCGGAAUCGACUUUGGAAAGGUUUUGUUUAAUUUCUAUACAUUGCAAAUCACUUUCUUUAAUAUCCUUCUUAUCACCACGGUGUUUUCGUCGUCUUUUAUUACAGUGCCUGCAGAUUCUGGGCCGAGCUGACACUCUUUUACGGCCACUAGAUGUCUGAGACACAGAACCAUCUGUAUCCAUUGUACUACCAUCGUCAUUAUUUGAAAUUGUCACUACAUGAACUAUAUCGGGGGCUGUCCCCCCAGGAUCACCCAGGGGUCCAUCAUGUCAUGGUCAUGAAAGAUAAGUGAAAAAAAGAAGACUUACCAAUAGGAUGAAAUUUACACAAAAUAAACAAAACUUACACUUUAAUACAAACUUACUACAAAAUAUAUAAAAACUACAACUUAUCUGAUCUAAAUAUAAAAAAAAAAUAACAUGAAAUUCAAAAUAAAAUGAAAAAUUAACAAAAAGUACGUGUGACUGAUUUGAGGUUUCCCGCACUUUUUCCAUUCGCAUCAUUAUUAAUUGAACGUCGAUAUUAAUGCCCAUCACUAUUUUUGACAGUGGUAGGAUUUUUGUAGUCUGUGGUUGUUUUGAUGUUGCCAUCAGAUCGGAUCUGCUCAUUUUCAUUUUGUGACGUUUACUAUGAAGUGCGGACUCUUAAAAACGUAGUCAUUAUAUACUAUGGUAUUAGAGAUGGUGCAUUGGAACUUAUUACUUCCUAUUUAUCUAAUAGAUCUUCAUACCCCCCUUGGUGGAGUGACCUUGUCGCGGUGGGGAGGCUUGCGGAGAAGGACCAAACACAACACGUCAAUAACACCUGGCAGCCACAGGCAUACCCUUCCCUUACCAACAGCUCCACGACCUGGAACUCAAAAGAGCUCCCUUGCACAGGGACUUAGCGCCAGUCCCUCGGUCCGCAACCUGUCCCAUUUUAUGGAUGGGGGGGGUUCUAGGUAUUGUAGUCGCCGCGGUGACGACAUUGUCAAUAUCAUUAUUGAUUAUGAUUUAAUUUUAGUUAAUACUGGCGAUGAAUGUACAUAUUCUACUGUGGCCAAUAAUGCUAUUAGAUCUUCGCAUAUAGAUCUGACGAUGAUAAGUGACCACAGACACAUCAGAAUCACCGACUGGAAAAUCAAUCACGAUAUCACUACACUAUCCGAUCACAAAUCAAUAACUUUCACUAUAAAUAUGGACAAAAAUAGACAACUCACUAAAAAUCUUAAAAACUCCACAUGGAGAUAUAAUACUAGCAAACCCAACUUUUGGACAGCUGAUAAGAGGUAUGAGUUUAAAUUAGAAUUAAAUAGAUAUAUAAGUCGGAAUGAAAUAAAUAACAUAUUAUGCAUGGACAAAACACAAUUAGAUAAUUAUAUAAAUGAAUUUAAAAAAGUAUAAACAACACAUGUCAAAAGACCUUUCUAAUCCGAAAAAGAGUAAAAUUGCGGGUAGAAUAGAAGCCAUGGAAGACCUUGCCCUCCAUACAUUUCUUAAGGCGUACUGUAGAGAUAAGGAAUUUAUUUACAAACCUAGCUAUAACAUAACGACUAAGUCCGUAAUUUCUGAUUUUAAUCUUAUCAAUGACCCUUGUUGUGAUUUAAAGAAAUAUAUGUCAAUCAAACAGAAGUUAGAACCUUUAAAAUUGUACGAUAUGCAUUUAGAAAAACUUGUAAGUGUUUCAAAUCAUCAAUUAAUGACGAAUAUUGAUAAUAUUGUGAAUACGCCUGACCCAAUUAUACAAUACGAUUCCCACUGCCCUAUUAUUACCUAUUGUUUACUUAUUUUAUUCAUGUUUUUUGUAUUUUAUAAAUUAUGUAAAGGAUUCGGUAAAUGUCCUACUUUCCUAAACAAAACUAAGCCCGAUAGUGCAUUAGAUGAAGUCCAAGAAAUGAAAGAAAUUCCAAUUCCGAGAAUUCGCAUAUCUAGUUGAAACUUAUUUUCAAAAACCUAUAAGUUUCAUCUUAAACGGGGGGUUGUUAUAUCCCUACAUAGCAUACAAUAAUGCUUACCAAACAUCAACAUCAGCAUUUAUUCCCGAUGAUGAUUUCUAGCUAGCUUUUUAAAGCAGUUCGGGUCAGACUUUCAUCGGAGUGGGACGUAUACCGAGUUUUCCUCACUUUCCCUAUAAAUACUAUAAAUUUAGUCUAGGGAGUAUUAAAAUUGUUUUUUAAAAAGAAGUUCCUAGUUUCAAUUCUAACAGUACGAAAGCCAACAAGUGCGUUCAGCCCUGUAGCUGGAAGGACACCACGGAAAACUGAUGGAGGUGCAGCCCGCGGCGGACGGCUGUACGAGUCUUCUUACCAACAACCGCCUUACAAUUACUGAUUCUACGACAGGAUUACGUUUUCUGAUUGAUACUGGUGCUAGUGUGUCCGUAAUUCCGUAUAACAGCAGGUUAGUGAAAAAGUGCGAUUCUAAAGUGUGCGACUAUACGAUAUACGCCGCAAACGGUUCGGAAAUUAAGACUUAUGGUUCUAAAACUAUUGUAUUAGAUUUAAAUUUAAGACGUAAUUAUCAUUGGACAUUUAUAAUAGCCGAUGUCAAACAGCCUAUUUUAGGAGCAGAUUUCAUAAAAUAUCACAGACUUUUAGUGGAUUUAUCUGGUCAUAGAUUUAUUGAUCGACAAACUAACAUCGGUACUAUAGCCACUGUUGUAAAUUGGAAUGAGCCCUCGUUGAGAACUAUCGAUUCUAAUCAUUCGUAUGAACAAUUAUUGUCUAAAUACCCAGAUAUUUGCAAAUCGAUUAAUUGUACUGACGUACCUAAACAUUCCGUAAUGCAUUUUAUCGAGACAAGCGGCCGGCCGGUGUCAGCGCGCUCAAGGCCGCUCCCGCCCGACCGAUAUAAGAAACUUAAGGCUGAGUUCACACUCAUGCAGGAAAUGGGCAUAUGUCGUCCAUCUAAUGGAGCAUGGUCUAGUUGUGCCUAAAAAAGACGGCGUAUUAAGACCUUGUGGCGACUGUGGCGACUAUAGAGCCUUGAACGCCAUAACUAAACCUGACUUGUAUCCUAUCCCAAGGAUACAAGACUUUACAUAUAUCUUACCUAAUAAAACUAUUUUCUCUAGAUUGGACGUCUGCAGAGCUUAUCACAACAUUCCUGUAAACCCCGACGACAUAGAGAAAACGGCAAUUAUCACGCCGUUCGGUCUAUAUGAAUUUCCGCGAAUGAGUUUUGGUCUUAGAAAUGCAGCCCAAACCUUUCAACGAUUCAUGAACAACUCGGUGUUGCAGGGAAUACAAGCUAUGAGCUCGGACGGUGAUAGUCGCAAUUGGACGCGACUUUUAAACGUUUUGACAAAUUCGGCAUAACCAUUAAUUUGAGUAAAUGCGUUUUCGGUCAACAGAAAAUUGAAUUCUUGGGAUAUCAAGUGUCCAGCGACGGUGUGUUACCUUUGGGGGACAAGGUCAAGGCGAUAGUCUAUUUCCCUCGCCCAGAAACUGUUGACAAGUUGAGGCAAUUUUUAGGGAUGCUGAAUUUCUAUAGAGCUCACUUACCAAAAGCGGCCCAGCGGCAGGCAGAGCUCAAUAAAUUUUUAAAAGGCGCCAAGAAAAAGGAUAAGUCGAAGAUACUAUGGGACGAAAAAUCGGAUAAUGCGUUUUUACAGUGUAAACGCGACUUACAAGAGGCAGCGUUGUUAACUUAUCCAAGUGAAAACGCUCCCUUAUGUCUCAUGGCGGACGCGUCUAAUGAUUGCGUAGGCGCGGUUUUACAAACUGAAGUCCGAGGUUCUUGGAGACCCUUAGGAUACUUUUCUAGACGUAUGACGGAUACGGAGCGUAAGUAUAUAGUGCUUACGAUCGGGAACUGUUAGCUAUUUACCUCAGCAUACAGCAUUUUAGGUAUAUGCUUGAAGGACGUACUUUUACAGUGCUAACAGAUCAUAAGCCGUUAACUCAUGCGUUUAGUCAAAAACUUAGCGCGAAAGAUACCCCACGACGUACUCGACAGCUCAUGUUUAUCAGUAAGUUCACAACUGAUAUUCGAUAUGUGAACGGUUCCGAGAACGUAGUUGCAGACUUCUUAUCGCGCAUAGAGACAGUAACGUGUCCCACGAACAUCGACUACCAAGAAUUAUUCCAAGCGCAAAAUGCUGACGGCGAAUUGUCGGAGUUGUUAAAGUCACCGGACACGAACUUUAAUUUUAAUAUUAAAAAAGUUUCAUUACCUGAUUCUAAUCAAACCAUUUAUUGCGACGUGUCAACUAGCCGUAUUCGACCCUAUUUGCCUGAGAGUUUUAGACGAAAGGCAUUCCAGAUGUUGCACAAUCUAAGCCAUCUAGGUAUAAGGUCGACCCGGAAGUUAGUUAGCGAAAAAAUUUAUUGGCCGAAUAUGAACAAGGACGUAGGUCUCUGGGCCAAAACCUGUGUUCAUUGCCAAAAGGUUAAGGUCACGAGACACACCAUAUCGCGAUUCGGUGAAUUUCAGCGGGCAGAUCGAUUUGAGCAUGUUCACUUAGAUCUAGUCGGCCCACUGCCGACGUCACAAGAAGGUUAUAGAUACUUGUUGAUGUUAAUCACCGAACUACACGGUGGCCUGAGGCUUUCCCUCUAAAGGAUAUUUCUGCUAACACCGUAGCUAAAGCGUUUUAUGAAGGUUGGAUAGUGCGUUUUGGAUGUCCCGUUAGGUUAACUAGUGACCAAGGUACCCAAUUCGAGAGUCAUCUCUUCAACUCACUUCUAAAGUACUUGGGUGUAGCGAAGAGUAGAACCACCCACAGUGCAAUGGCAUCGUCGAGCGUUGGCAUCGUUCUCUCAAGACAUCUUUGCGAGCGAUGCUCGAAUGCACGGGCAGUACGUGGAUUGAUCAGAUACCUACGGUCCUACUCGGGUUACGCGCUGUUGCACGUAGCGACACAGGUGUCAGCGCAGCACAAAUGGUUUAUGGCAAUAAUAUCAGGUUACCAGGAGAGUUUUGUGCUAACACAAAACAACAAUGUAAUAAUGACGCAGAGCUAAUUGGGAAAAUUAGAGAAUCUAUUCAUAAAAUUCGUCCUGUUUCAAUUAAAAACAGAGAUCAAAAAUCUAUUUUUGUACACCCUGAUUUGAAUACGUGUAAAUUCGUUUUUGUACGAAAUGAGGUUGAACGUUCAUCUCUCGAACCAUCUUAUUCAGGACCUUAUAAAAUUUUACAGCGAGCUUCUAAGGUUUUUAAAAUUCAGUUACCACAUAGAGAAAUGCGUGUGUCGAUAGAUAGAUUGAAACCGGCGGAUUGAGGAGGACGUUCUAACAUCGUCUUUAUGUCCGCCCAUUACGGACGAUAUUGUUUUGCCUUUUAAUGUAUCAGUGCCUAAACAAUGUAUUGUCGUUCCAACUCAUACAUACUCACGUAGCGGUAGGCAAAUACGAAAACCGGUGCGAUUUGUUAAUUGAGGUUGAGCGAUUUCAUGAUGCGACAAAAUAAUUAUUUUGAAUUUAUUAUUUGGAGCGUGAUGUCGACAGCAAUUUACUUAUAUUACUUUUAUGCAUAUUGUACUUCAUGCACAUUAUUUGUCCAGUUUCGUUUCAAUUUUAUGUACGAUAACAUCUACACCUAAUACCCCAAAAUGGGAAACUAUUAUGUUAAAGAAGAGGACAAAUCGUUGACGAUAAAUAAGGAGACAGUAGAUAACCUACAGAAUCUGCAGUAUUUAUCUAUUGGCCUUGGAGUAAUCGUAGGAGUUAUAAUACUCGCUGGUUUAUACCUCCUGUUUUAGGGCCCACCCACUAAACGACUCCCCUGCACUCUUACACCCGACGUCCGAUCCCCUCCGAGGUCAGAAUCCGGAUGAGCUAGGGGGGUUACCGCGGUCAACACUACAAUCAGACGGUGCGGCUCACCCCAAGAACGCCCAGCCGACGGAGCCUUCGACGCGAAUCGAAGGCUCUGAAACGUCGGCCGUCUCGGUACGGCAGCCCGUCAGGCCGCCCAGACGGUGCCGCUGGUGUCCUCAGGUCGCCACUUGACCUUCACCGGGGGGAGGCCGCUACCUACAGGGGCCGGGACGUACGGGCGUAUUCCCGCCUCCGGCCCCCGGCUCGACGGCGACGGAUCGGUGUGGAAAGGGAAGAGCUCUUCGUCUCUCGCUCCGCCGCCUCCUUCUGCGAGAUGGUGGACUCGCAGAAGUCGAGCAUCGCCUUCCAGGACGCCUCGCUGCCGAGCAUCGUAGCCACGACGCGCGGCAGCGAGAGGUCCUCUCCUUUGACUGCGAUGAGGGCAGCGCGUUGCUCGUCGAAUCCAGAGCAACGCGCCAAUGUAUGUUUCAUAUUAUUGAUAGUGGAAUGUGUGAGUGUGGGCUGCAUAUUGAUGAUUGAAAUCAUAUCAGUCUGUCCUGUCCACCCUCAUUCUUCACUCUCAUUCUUCUUCCAGUAUCCCGUUACCUACAUCUGUUCCUGUUUUGCUUUCAUCUUUAAAUCAUAAUGUAUAUAAAAAGUUAUGUUUAUUUCUUACUGUAAAUAAUUGUUAAAGUCUUUGAUUGCCUAGUUAGUCAGCUAUGAAUCUAUAUAAUGUAAUAUAAAAUAAAACCACUCGCGCUGCGUUUGUUCGACAGACUCCACAGAGUAUUUUUAUUUCUUUUAACCAUAGACACAAUUUUAUGUUUCUAACAUAUUCCCCCACAAGAGAUGAGGUGACAAUAUUCAUUUUAAACAAAGUAUACAAGUACAAUAAUUGAGUUUAACUUUAAUGUAUUUUAUUAACUGCAUGAUAUCUGCUUCUAGAGUGGACUGUAAAUUUUAUCGUAAUACCUGUUGCAUGUGGUAUUAAACUUUAAGAAAUUGUACAUAAUAAAAACAAAUAUGUUCGAACAUUAUUGAGUGUAAGACUCUUAAAUAGAAAUGACACUUCCAAAUAAACAUUAAUAAAGAUUUAUGUAUCUAUGAAAAUUUUAAAUAAUAAUUGUUACAAUAGUUUGUAAUAAUGUAGUAACAUAGAUCAAUCUAAUCUACAAUAUGUUUAUAUUAGAAUUCAUACAUAGAAACUUAAACUAACUAAAUUUCCCAACACCUUAUAUCAAUCGCAGAUAUCCUAGAAGUUGUUUAAUUAAACAAUAGCAAAAUUGUAGGAUACCUGGGUAACUAGGAUCUUAUUAAUUUUAUUUAACUUAACUCUAUUUACAUAAUUUACGGAUACCUGGCUAAUUAAGAACAUACUAGAACUAUUUUAGGUAUCUUACAAGAUUUUAAUUUAUUUUAAUUUUUCUUAUUCUAGUGGAAGUAUACAAAUUUUUGUAAUCGAGGUUCGGUGCACUCUUCCAUUGGCCUUUUUAACUUCUAAGGCCCGUACUAGGCCAUCUGCCCCCUCAAAGACUUGGGUUACUCGUGCCAUUGGCCAGGUCAUUGGAGGGGUAGCUAGCUCUCUCAAAAUUACUAAGGCACCUACCUUUACAUUAGGUUGGCUAUCUUUCCAUUUAGGGCGAUUUUGCAAUACAUUUAAAUAAUGUUUUGACCAAUAUCUCCAAAAGUGCUGCUGCAUUGCAGUGCAUUUACUCCAGAAACUGAGUCUAUUUUCCGGUAUGUUGGUGAAAUCUUGGUCAGGGAUGCAGUUGAGAGGUGCACCUGUUAGGAAGUGACCCGGUGUCAAGUAAGACAAAUCCUCAUUAUCUUUUAACCAUGGAGUUAUUGGUCUUGAGUUUAAGAUGCCCUCAAUUUGGACUAAAACAGUAUAUAAUUCUUCAUAUGUUAACACAUGCGAACCAAGCACUCUUUUUAACAAUGUUUUAGUGCUUUUUACUGCUGCUUCUGCAAGUCCAGCAAAAACUGGUGAAUAACAUGGCACAAAUUUAAAAUUUAUACCUAAUUUGGAAGCUGCUGUUUGCACCUGUGCCUGGUGGGUUUUUGAGCUGUUAAGCUUAUAAAGUUCUGACAGGUGAGUAUUAGCUGCCUUGAACGUGCUAGCAUUAUUACAAUAAAUCUCAGAUGGGACAUUACGUCUGGCUAUAAACCGUUUUAGUGAAGCAAUAAAUGUAUGAGUUUCUAGACUUGAUAAAAGUUCAAUGUGGCAGGCAUGAGUUACAAAGCAUACAAACAAACAUAAGUAGGCAUGAGAUGUUAUAAAUCCUCUCAUUCUAGAUUGUUUAACUGCCACAGGCCCUGCAAAGUCAAGUCCAAUCUUUUUGAAACAUCUGCUAAUAUUUACUCGGUCCGCAGGUAAUGAUCCCAUCAGUUGUUUAGCAGUUACACCUUUAUGCCUGAAACAGGUCAUACAUUUAUGAAGAAACUUCUUCACUAACCUUAAACCAUUAACAAUCCAAUAACGUUGUUGCAAGCUACUUAAAACUAGCUUCUGACCAGAGUGUAACAAUUUAAGGUGCUCAUUUUGAAUCAGAAGAUGAGUCACAGUGGAUUCUUUAGGCAAAAUAAUUUGAUGUUUGUGGCUGUAUGGCAGCGCAGAAUGUUGAAGCCUACCACCUACUCUCAGGAUACCUUCAGCAUCAAUAAAUGGGUUCAGAGAUUUUAAAUAUGAUGAUGCUGGCUUGCCUGCCUGCAAUUCAAUUCAAACUGGUUGUUUUCUAACUUGACUGUAUCGGUGAAAUGCUUCUCAACAUAUUGUUGUUCUGAGGUAUGUUCCACAAAUUUCUCAGGUACUUUUUCAGAUUGCCAAAAGUUAGCUAUGGUGGCGCUUAUGUCAGUUUCACAUUCCUGACAGAAUAGAGCAACAGCAGAACUCUGAAUAUAUGAAUCAGGGACACUACCUGCUACUAUGUAACCAAACUGAGUGUGUAAGAGUGAUGGUUGUGCAGCAUCACCUUUAUCCUCGUCCUGUGUCAGUUGUAUGCACUCAGUCUAUGCGCCGUCUCGUCAGAUUCAAGAGCUAAAGCUCUCGCUUCUGAAGUCGCAGUCGGGACAACAGCGCUUCGCUUUUGUAGACUUGCUAAAAGUGUUCGUAUGCCCGACAGGCACUCCAGGUAACUCGUCUCCGUUACAUCAGGAUCCUCCGCUAAAUCUCCAAGUUCUAUAUUUAUAUUUUCAUACUCGUUGCAUGAGAAGGAGCAUUUGCAGGGUCAUCGAGCGCGCCUGUUGCCACCCUGUUCUGCAUGCGGGUUAUGUUCCUUCUUACAUACUUCGUAUAUCUUCUUUGUCCUUUGCCAUGAUAUGAUUGCCGCGACUUAUUCAAAAUAAUUCACAAUCACAAUAAUUGCAAUCUAGUAGCAAAUAUAACCUGCACGAAUAUUUGCCUUACAACUGCGUAUACGCAGUAGUACUUUGAAAAUGCAGAUAGUAUUAGUUUCACUGUAUAACUUGAAAGAACGCGGUAAUCACAGCGUUAAUGUAUGGAUGGAGUGCUUGCUUGCUUUCGUGUCGAUGAAAAAAAGCACGCGGCGUUCACGGCGUUGCCGGGCAAAACAAAAUGGCGUUUCGCAAAAUUCGCCGGCAAUGUAUGUCGCACCGUUUUCUUCUUGCACCACUUGGUAAACUGUUUUCUUUAUGCGUUGGUUUCACGUCGUGGUCGAAGGACCAUGUUAAAGUUUUUGUUUGCCUAGUUAGUCAGCUAUGAAUCUAUAUAAUGUAAUAUAAAAUAAAACCACUCGCGCUGCGUUUGUUCGACAGACUCCAUAGAGUAUUUUUAUUUCUUUUAACCAUAGACACAAUUUUAUGUUUCCAACAAUAAUAUACAAUUAUAAAUAUAUAUACCUAGUCAGGUCAUAAAUUCUGUCACAUGUUUAAUGUAAAAUAAUUGAAACAAGUUUAUUCAUUCUGUAACCAUUCAUAUACCAAAAUGAACUUAACAAAACAUAGAUUCUUAUGACACUAAAGUUUAUUCAAAAUGACCUCCGUGAUUUUGAAUACAGGCCUUCAAUCUGCGCGGCCAGUCGUCUAUCGCAGCACGAACGAGGUCCAUGUCAAUAUCGGCGGCUGCCUUAAUCAAGGAUGUCUUGAGUGACUCCAAAUUGAGAUGAGGCUUUGAGCACGCCUUUUCCUCCAAGUGUUGCCAUAUCUUGUAAUCUAACGGAUUCAAAUCUGGACUGGAGGAGGGGAGUCCUAACAGACCGAGGGCGACCACUUCUUGACCUGUCAUCUACACUAGAGUCUUCAUUGUAUCGUUUGAUGGUACGAUAAACGAAUCUUUUGGUUAUAUUCAAAUUUUUCAGUAUGUUAAAAAUUUGAAUUGGCGCGUAACCGCAACGAUGCAACGCAAUAACUGCAACACGGUCUUCUUUAAGCGUCCACUCCAUAAUUAAAAAUGAGUAAAAUUCUAAAAGUAUACAUUUUUAUUUUCAUGAACAAUUCGAAAUUCGAAUUCAAUAAACUUUUUGUGGCCAGCAUUCUAAAAGAAAAGUUUUUACUGUGUGACAAUACUUAUGACCUGACUAGUUAUAUGUAUAUAAUUAAUAUUCUAUUUGAUUUAAUUUAUUAAUUAGUGUUCCUUUCCCUAUUGUAGUAUUUUGUAUUAGCGAUAGGUUUUUAUUCUGCUGAUCCUACCCUUUAUCCGAUGUAAAAUUAUUCUCCUUUACUGUUCCGUUUCCUUACCUUUGUAUGAGGCAAUACGCACUGCGUAAUGCCAUUUGAAAAAACAUACUCUUUGGUAUGGAGGGUAGAGGCGACUAAAGUUAGCCCCUCAAAAAAUUUUUUUUUUCUAUUUUUAACAUUUUUUCUAUUAAUUCGUUUGUUCUUGAUAUUGUUGGUUGUAUUCAUUUUAAAAAAAAUUAUGCAAUUUUUAAUAUUUUUUUGUCCAUAAUAAUAAUAAUGAUGACGCAAGAAGGAAGUGGUCACGAACCGAACUAGACGAACUUAUGUUUUGUUUCUAUCUAGCCAAAGCAGGAGGGCCUGGCUAUAUAAAACGAUUAGAAAAGACCUUUAAAGACCGAAAUUCACACAUCACAAAGUUUAGAAAAUUCACAGGAAAUACUCUAUCCAAUCAGGCACGAAUAGCCAAAAGCCUACAGAAAUACAUAAAUAAAUUAGAUGCAAACAUCAACCCACACAUCAUGCAGAAACAAGCUGCCAUACACACGGUCACCAUCAUCACGAAAGUCUUGGGGGAUACGGUCUUCGUAGGAGGGGAAACUGAGCCACCCUUUCCCUGAUGGUCUCGGGGCGGGAGCUCAGUAAACCGAGCCUAGAGCUCGAAUAGAGGAAGUAAUAAUAAUAAUAAGCCCCUUACAAGCCUAACUCCACGUCCAGCUAUAACAUGCCACGUGAGGGGUGGAACAUCACAGCUAAAAGCGAAGGCUUAGUGAUGGCAAACGGAGCGCUAGCGUCACCUUCAAUAUGGAGAGACACUUAAAUAAUAAACGUAUAGGGCCGCUUCCCGGGGGUGAGCGCCGGGGCACGUCUGGAGCUGGCGCUGGACAUGACAGCAUACGGACCGUCAGCGGCUCUCUGCUGAACAGGCGGGCGAGAGUCGGGGGACCCGAAGGUACUACAAAUUCAAAUUCAAAUUCAAAUUCAAAUUCAAAUUCAAACUACACUACUAGGUACUACAGCCGACCAACGGGGCGGGGAGGGGGUGGAUGACACUUUGCAGAGUAGGGCUUUGCCCACACGCUCUAUCGGUUCAUCUACAACGACCACAAAUAACAGUGUUAGCGAUGACAGAAGACGAAAUUGGUCAACGGAAGAAAUAAGGGAAUUAGUGUUUUGUUAUUUUAAAGUCAGAUCAGAAGGACCAGGUUAUAUAAGUAAAUUACAUAAACUUUUUACAGAGAGAAACCCCAAUAACCCUAAAAUUCAUAAAUUCAAUGGCAAUACAUUAUCAAAUCAAGCCCGUAGAAUAAUAAAACAAAAUGUAAUAUCACAAGAAUUACUGGACCAGAUACAAAAACAAGCAGAAGGUAUAGAAACAGAGCCCACAGUAAAUAACAUCGAAGAACACUCCAUAACACCACCACCUAUAUUUAACACACAAUUAAUCACACAGGACACGCAACAUACAGAACAAACAACAGAAUCAGCAGAAAUAAUAAAUCAGUUGACACAAAAUAUAGUAGUUGACGAAGAUCAGGAUCCAUUAGUAUUACAUUUUCUUCAAACAUUAGCUGAAACAAAAGAAAUAUCAAUCGAAGAAAGCUUUGUACUACCUAAAGCUAAAAUAAAUAGACGAUUUCUCGAAAACCUAUCCACGUUAAAUAAAUAUUUACCUAAUAUAUUAAUUACUUCAGGAACAACUCUACGGGAUAUAAACAAUGUUAUAUAUGCAACAGCCAAAACUCUAAUACUAAAUAAUAACCAAACACCCUAUAUAUCGAAGAAUACAAUAAAACCUAAAUCUGAACCACCAUGGAAAAAAGAAUACAAACUAAAAUAGAAAAGUUAAGGAAACAUUUAGGACAAUUAAUAGAAAUAGAAAGAGGGAUUAGUACACGCCGAAUGAUAAAAAUUAAGGACAAAUUAUACAACCAGUAAAAUAUUGCAAGCGGAAAUGAUCAUAAAAAUAUAGCUGAAACUUUAAAGCAGAAGAUCAAAGCUUUAGCUGGGAGAAUAAAGAGGUAUGAAGACAUGAACACUAGAAAGGAACAAAAUAGGCUCUUUACCGAAAAUGAACACAGAUUGUAUAGAAGUUUGGAAGGUAAGGGUUCUAAAGAUAUCAAGGUACCAAGUAAAGAAAGUGUAGAAGAAUUUUGGUCGUCUAUACUAUCCAAUCCUAUACAAUAUAAGAAGGAGGCUAAAUGGAUUAAAGAAAUAGAAAUUUCAUCAAACGAGGUAAAUACAGUAGACAUAGAAGAGAUUACAGAAGACCAAGUAAAGAUUGCUAUUAAAAAACUACUAAACUGGAAAUCACCGGGAAUAGAUAAAAUACAGAAUUACUACCUUAAAUAUCUAACCAGUGUCCAUAAAUAUUUAGCUUCAUUAUUUACAAAAAUAGUUGCAGGUAUAGAAAAUUCGGAAAAAUGGUUCACUACAGGUCAGGUCAUAUUAAUUCCUAAAAACGAAAACACUGAAGAUCCGAAAAAUUUGAGACCAAUAGCUUGUCUACCUAGCAUGUACAAGUUGCUUACUUCUGUAUUGGCCAACGUACUGUAUAACAAUUGCCAUGAGAACAACGUAAUGGCAGUAGAACAACGGGGAUGUCGCAGGGGUGCUAGGGGCUGUUAAGAUCACCUCAUGGUCAACAAAGCCAUCUUAGAGGAUGCACAACCUGAGCAUGGCGUGAAUAGAUUAUCAAAAAGCAUUCGAUAGUGUGUCACCAAUGGCUGCUCAAAAUCCUUGAUAUCUAUAAAUGUCCUCUCAUGAUUAAAAGGUUUCUGCAGAUGGCCAUGCCUUCUUGGAAAGUGAUCAUGACGGCGCGUGGCUCCCAGGAUUCAAUUACUACUGAACCAAUUUACAUCAGGCGUGGUAUAUUUCAAGGCGACUCCCUCUCGCCAUUGUUGUUCUGUUUAGCGAUUAACCCGUUAUCAUUCAUACUGAACAAGUAUGAAAUGAAGGGUUACAAACUUAAAGACAGUUUCUGGAUUAAUCACUUGUUAUAUAUGGAUGACCUAAAAGAAGAAAGAAAGAAGAAAGAAAGAAAGAAAUCAUUUAUUCGCCAAGCAUAGUGAAAAUGAGUUAUUACAUAAAUUAAAAGCAGCGUGUAUGCUUUGUCAUUAUUUGACAUGCGAAUUUUAGUGCAGUGCAUAGUUAUAAUAUUAUAUAAUUUACCAUUCAUUCAUCCAUAAUUCAACUAAUAAUUAAAAAAAAUUAUUAGUUAUAAAUAAUUAGUUAUAAAAUAAAAAAUUAAAGUUUAUGCUAACAAUAAAAAUAACUUAAAAGUUUUAUUAGAAAGUGUAGAAAUAUUUACAAAAGACAUAGGGAUGAGGUUCGGUUUGGAUAAGUGCAAUACAAUACAUAUUAGUUCAGGAUAUCGAAACAGUACAAUCGGAGAAGGUCACAUAUUAUUAAGCGGGGAAACAUUUCAACAACUUGCAAUAGGAGAUAGAUAUAAAUAUUUAGGAAUUCACGAAUCAGGUAAAAUAGAACACAGUUUAAUAUGGGAACCGAUAACCAAAGAAUAUUUCAAAAGGAUUAAGAAACUACUAAAUACCCAUCUUAACUCGCGCUAUCUAAUCAAAGGUAUAAAUACAUAUCGACGCUUGAAAGGCAAACGUGACUAAGCGACAAUAACUGCUUUGUACAUAAAUAAUAGUCAAUAACCAUAUUCGAGGCACAAAAAAAUUAUAUUUCUAAGUCCAUUAAAAUCAUUUCAAUCCCACAGCUACUAGCUAUAUUCUACUACAUCUAGAUUCGUUAAAAAAUUUAUUUUUUUCAGGUAUUUCAACUUUAAAUUAGUCUACUGUAAAGUUCACGCAUUGUCGCUUAGUCACGUUUGCCUUUCAAGCGUCGAUAUGCAAUUCCAGUUCUGCUCUACUCUUUCGGUAUUAUUAAUUACAAAAAUUGUGAUUUACAGAAAAUAGAUAUUAAAACGAGAAAACUACUAGCAAUAAAAAAAAGUACACCAGCAAAAGGCAGACACAGAAAGAUUGUAUUUACCGAUUGCACAAAGAGGAAGAGGAUUGUUGAAUGUACAAAACAUGUAUAAAGCACAGAUACUAAAUAUAAGCAAUAUCUAAAAGUAGAAAGAGAUCAUUUAAUAAAAGCAAUAGUACAACACGAUACACAUAGGGUCAAAUACUCAAUAAUUAACGAAGCACAAGAAAUAGAGAGAGGAAUACAUUUACCACAGGGACAUACACAUACAGACAAAGAUAUAAAAGACGCAAUUAUAAAAAAACAAGUUAAAACAUGGCGAAAUAAACAGCUACAUGGACAAUUCCCUAUAAAAGUACUAGACCAGGCCAACAUAGAUACCGAACUUUCAUUUAAAUGGUUAAAGAAGCAACAGAUAUCUCCCAGCAUAGAAUCCUCAAUAUUUGCGGUGCAGGAUCAAGCUGUUAUGACACGACAACAUCAACGGGCAUACUAAAAGAACCAGUAGAUGGAAAAUGUCGCCUAUGUGCUAGCAAAGAUGAAACCACGCAGCACAUCAUAUCAGGAUGCGAAAAACUGGCUGGGACUUAUUAUGUCAAACGUCAUACAUAAUAGCCUGGUCCAAUACGUCUACUGGUGUCUAGCCAAGAAACACAAAAUAGAAGUUUCCGACCUUUGGUGGAAGGAAACACUCACUCAGCCACAAGUCAAAGAGAACGAAUCCACUAAAAUCUUAUGGGAGAUGCCUGUACAAACCGAUGUCACCGUAACGCACAAUAGACCUGAUAUAAUUUAUAUUGAUAAAACCAACAACAACACAUUCCUAAUUGAUAUUCCUGUACCAUCCGAUUACAACAUAGGUGCUAAAGAAAUUGAAAAACUGAGCAAAUACCAUCUUUUGAAAACUGAAGUCAGUCGUUUGUGGAAUACACAAACGUCUGUCAUCCCAAUAGUCGUUGGCGCUACCGGGGUAGUAGCUAAAAGUAUUACAAGAUACCUAAAUAAAUUGGACAGCAACAUUAACAUUGGUAUCCUACAGAAACAGGCAGCUAUUCACACAUCAAUUAUACUUAGUAGGGUGCUUGGAGACAGUAUUCGUACAUAACAUACAAGAACACUUCACACAAAACACGCCACGACCGCCAGACAUACAACAGCCACUCAACACACAACAUUCAUCAAACACACAAAAUUCAACAGACACCACUCAUACAACGGCAACACAACAGCCAAUAACGCAGCGAGGAGGACGACGAGGAGGACGACGGGGAAGAAGAAGAGGCACUACUCACGCACAGUAACACACGCUAGGGUUCUCUACAUCAUUUAGUCAUUUUCUAUUCUUUUUUUUUCACAUAAAAUAUCAUUAAAAUUUUGGGGUAUAGCAAGUCGAGGAAGAAAAACUGAAUAAUAUAAUAUAAUAAUAAUAAUUUAUCUCUUUUGAUACCGAAUGGUCAAAUCUCUCCGCAUCAGCACACCCGUACCACGCGUAUUGGCGUUUCUGAAAUUGUCCAAGCCAAGACGCCUGGCUGAUUGGGGUGUAUCCGCGCAUCCUACCCCACCUGUAUACGAGGUAGCACUGUCUCAGAUAUGACGACAUUGGGGUUGUUAUUAUUUGACGUGUUUUUUUGCUUUCCUCCUUAAAUGCGACUUUGCAAGUGUUUCCCUCUUCUAGUGCCAUCGCGUACAAGUCCACGUUCUCACGUAAUCCGCCCUCCGGGUCUAGGAUUCGCGAAAACGCCCACGCCUACUUUGACCUAAACUCCUCUCCAAAAAAGUGUACUUUCCUCGCGCCCCCACUUGUCCCCCACCUCAGCACGUCUGAGCAGAACUCAGAGAAUGAUAGGUGUGGUUUAGCAGGGUUGGGAACUCCCCCCCGAUCUAUUGCUCUGUCCAAGUAUGGUUUCAGCACCUCAAAGUUCCCCUCGCUGUGACCGGAUGUCCAGGUCGAUAUGUCGUUGAUUAUUUGUUGUUCUAUCCAAGGGCUUUGUCCCCCCAAAUUCUCCAAGUGCAUCAGUAGUGCGUAUGCGGGACCAUCAGAAAACACUCGUGGGAAUGACCAUGCUGACAAACAUUUGAUAGUUUUCCUGAUGAAAUCGUCGUCGCAUCCACCGGAUGCGUCGAGUAUGCCCUGUUUUUUUCCGUAACGAGAGUAACCUCUUGAUUUUGUACAGUAUUCCAUUCAACGUUCAGGCAAUGAUGUGCUGCCCGGCUUUCUGCAGUAUUUGUAUGUAUAGAUAGGUAUAAUCCCAGUGCGUAUGAUGUGCCGCUGAGUGGGAAGUCGGGAGGCACGCGCAUCCUGAAGCGCCUCAACUUAUCCAGUGACUUGACGUUGGGUAGAAAAGGGGGUUCAACGUUAAACAUCUUAGUGCCCAAUUCAUCGUCAAGGCGCACUGAAUACAAUGUGGCGCCGCGUGGAAUUAUGGUGGAGGACAAACAUUUAAAUGCGUCUCGCAUGCCCCGCCUAAUUGUACCAGCCCAUGACCCUGGGUUUCCUGCUUUCCCCAGGCCAGCUGGGAUACCUGUGUUUGAUAUGUGUUGUUCUACUCUUUCUGUGGGUCUGAAGGACCGUCCUUCGCGGAGGACGCGUCGCCCAACGUCUUCUUCGGGAUUGGGUCCUCCACCGGGGUGGGAGCGACUGGGGUCUUCACUGGAGGGUUGGUCUCCUUCGCCACUGGUUUCUGAUUUGGCAUCACCGUCCCACCAUUGUCGGAAGUCGCUACUAAGUCUUCCCCGUCUAAAAAACUCUGUUGGUGGAUCCGGGUAGGACAGAGGGGAUGUGUCGAGCACCUCAGAUGAGGUGGUUUUUCCGAUAAGCAUGUCGUUAACAGUGAGGAAGCUCCCCUCGCUCUUCGUGUUCAAGUAGUGGUAUUUGACGCUCAUACACAACACGUUAGAGGAGAAGAGUGCUGCGUUGGUGUCGGGGUCAAGGUGUUGUGAGGUUAGCAUCUGCCAGUUGCCCACGGAUGAUAUCACCGCAAAGUUUCCCGCUGCCCCAUGCAGCACCGUAGUGAUUGGGGCUUUCUUCCUAGUACUCGCCGUUGCGUGGAUCAUUGGACGUGUUGCACUGUCCCAAGUGUCGCGUCAAGUAGUGCAAAGCCUCCCAAUCGGGCGCAAUUGAUAAAUAAUUGAUUAAAUAAAUUGAUAAAAUAAAUAAAGUAGUGCAUUUUAUAGACGUAGCAGUUCCUAACACCAAUAAUAUACAGAAAUCAAUAGCUGAAAAAGUAAAUAAAUAUACAGAAUUAAAGGAAGAAAUUUUAAGAAUCUGGAAAAUGAACAAAGUCUACAUUGUACCACUGGUGCUAUCCAGUACAGGCGUUAUACCUAAACACCUACUCCAAUAUUUAAAAAUAUUAGACAUAGCAGAUAACACGAACAUGACCAUGCAAAAAGCCGCAAUAUUAAACACAUGCCGUAUAGUCCGUCAAUUCUUGCAGGAAGACCUAAAUAUUCUGCAAGAAGAGAAUGAAGCUCACUUGGCUUAGGCCCGUGAUUUUCAUUAUACCGAAAUAUCUUGAGUAUUUCGAGAAACACAAUACAAAAAAUAUAUAAUAAUAACAAUAAUAAUGUUUUUAUUGCAAGUAACCAUGACUCAUAUAAAUUGUUAAUAAGACUUAGACCUAUGUUAGUAGUUAUAUUUACAUCACAAUGAAUUACUGUCGUAACAUCCCAUGGGAGAUGGCACCACAGCGACCCAUUUAUACACAGUCCAGCCUGCUUGCGAUCAUGCUCAGGAUACUGUUGGAGCUGGCCCUCACUCUGCUUACAGAGAUGCACACCUCUUACGCAUGGUAGCGUAAAAACAAUCUAUGUGCGCGUCUGCAAACAUCCCUGAUGUUUUAAUGAUGGUAUAAUGACUCGUAAAUAUUCAUUUUCGAUUGGCCUUAUACAAAAUACGUUUGUUCUCUUUCGAAAUUAUUAAUUUUUUGUUUAAUUAACUAUUUUUAUUAGUUGAAUAUAUGUAUGCAAAAUAUGUGUACUCCGCAUGCGUCAACUAUAAUGCUUAAACUUUCUACGCGGUUUUAAUCGUGAAAAAAAAAACAAUUGUAAAUCCUGAAGGAGCAAUUAAUUGGCAUACAAUUUAAUUUAAAAAAAAAAAUUAAAUGAAAUUAUGUGCAUACUCGUAAAGUUUAGACCAAAUAUAUGUUUUCCAUGUCCUCCUACCUAUCGUUAUGAAGGUAUAAAAAAUAUAUAAGUCAAUAUGUUCAUUAUUUCUCUUUCAAGAGAUAAUGUAGGUAUGUCGGCGCGUGUUUUUAUAAACCAUUAGUUCAUGACUAACGAAGAUGGGACGACAAACAACAGGUGCAAGCAUUCAUCGAAAACAACACGUGCAAGAUAAGAGUCGUAAACAACAUCGUCCCACCACGAUACCUUGCUAUAAAAACGCUCCGUUGUUGUCUCACGAGCUCAGAAGCAAGCGAGUCGCCGUGUCAGACGGAACGCUCCUGCGUAAUAUACGCUCUGAGUUGAUAUUUCUGGUUUUAUUGACUUACGAAGAUCACCCGCUUACCAUGUCGCUACCCGAAAGUGGAAAUACUCCAACAGGUAUACAUUAUAAUAACUCUUUUACACAGACGAAAUUAUGUACCUAACAUUAGUAAAAUAACAAUUUAAUAAUCUUUUUAUAGGUUAUGUAUUGAAAGUGUUGGAAAAUUAUUUCAUGUUUUAGCUGAAAAACGACAUGGAGAAUUAUAUGCAAUACAAGAUAAUGGGCUCCGUCCGAAUUCGAAUGAAACCAAACUGUUUACCAUCCAAAUUCGAAUGUCGGGUAGAUAGAAUACGAAAAUUCACUCAAAGUGAACCUCGGCCUGCAUUUGUGAAACGGCAAAGACUCUAUUAUCAAGGAGAUUGAAGAGACGACUAAAAAUGAGAUGGGUGGUGGACGAGCUCACAGCCUACCUGGUGUUAAGUGGCUACCGGAGCCCAUAGACAUUACAACGUAAAUGCGCCACCCACCUUGAGAUACAAGUUCUAAGGUUUCAAGUGUAGUUACAACGGCUGCCACACCCUUCAAACCGAAACGCAUUACUGCUUCACGGCAGAAAUAGGCAGGGUGGUGGUACCUACCCGCGCGGAGUCUCAAGAGGUCCUACCACCAACCUCAGUGAACCUCAGUUCCUAUUACAUAAGGUACUAGGAAGUUUGUGAUAAUGAUAAUUUAUCACAGAGUAUUAUCACUUAUUUACUUUAACAGUGAAGGAAAACAUUGUGAUAAAACCUGCACACCUAAAUGUUCUUAGGAUUUUCUUAGGUGUGUAGUCCACCAACUAGCACUAGGUCAGCGUGGUGGACUAAGGCCUAAAAACCCUCAAUGGUAGUGGACGCUCGUAUCCAGCAAGGGAACAUAUAUUGGCUGAUGAUGAUGACUAGGAAGUUACAUACUACUACUACUUCUACAGUACACAUAAUCCAUACACAUACACAUAAUCAGUACACAUAUUAAUAUUUACAAACUAUGAGUUUGUUGGAAAUUGCUAACAUUAUUUCAUAUUUCCAGAUGUCCAGCCACUUGAAAAUAGGUGUAGUAAUGACAAAGCUAUCCAAGUAGCUCCAGCACAGGAACACAAAGCAAUUGAAGUUAGUCAUGUGGCACAGUAUAGAAGUAAAUGUGUACAUAUUAGUACAAGAAAUAAAGACUGCACAGCAUCUCCUUUUAAGGCAAGGCAAGUGUGUAUUGGCCAGAUCACCCCUCAUUAUAUCUGAAGCAAGUACAAGUAAACAAUCAGUACCAGCAAAAAGAAAACUGUUGUUACUUGAGGACAAAUUUGACAGUGAUGAGUCAAAUACACCAGCAACAAAAGGAUCUACUGUUGACUAUGAGUUAUCUCUCUAUAUCUCCAGUCCAUCAAAGACUUGCACUUCAGACUAUAGCUCUUAAAGACUUUAAAAAAGUUGAAAAAAUGAAUCUGAUAAUAACUUUAUCUAAAGUGAAAAAUAAACCACGUUUAUAUAUUGGACUUCCACAAGCAUUAUAUUUCAUAAUAGGCUUGAUUAAGAAACAUACCGAUGUUUCUGAGCAAAAUAUAAUAUACCUAGUCUUGCCAUAAAUACUGAGACAAAGGAAAAAAAAAUCUAUUGCAAAUAACAUUUACUACUUUUAUAGUGUGUUAGUUUAAUACAUAAAUAUAAAACAAUAUAAAGUAUAAAAAGCUUAUUCGAAGUGGUCUCCAUUGGCUGCAAUACAGUCCUUUAAACGUUGAGGCCAGUUAUCAAUAGAAGUACAUACACAUUCUUUCCAUGGGAAAAAUUUUCACUGCCAAUCGUACUGAUUGUUUUAGGGACUCCAAAUUGUCAUGGCGUUUAGAGCAAGCCAUACUCUCUUAAGCUGACCAUAAAUCAUAAUCCAGCGGAUCAAGAUCGGGACUAGACGACGGCCAGUCUUCAGCUCUGAUGAAGUCCGAAACGUUCGUUUCCAACCAAGACUGCGUAGACCGAGCUUUAUGACCUGGCGCCGAGUCUUGCUGGAAGGACCAUUCUUGAUUAUUGAACAUGGUGUUGUUAAGGGGCUUCAUUACCUUCUCAAGAAUGGUAUCUUGAUACACUUGUGCCGAUGUUUUGAUACCUUUUUCACCAAAGUAUGGCUCAGUCACUCCUUCAUAACUAAUACCCCACCAAACCAUCACUGAAGUGCCCACGUUGCACUCUGUCGACUAAUUGGGAAGCUUCCUUAGAGCUUUGAGCAUAAAUACGGUCAUUUUGUUCGUUAAAAUGUAGCUCAAUUGUAAGAAUUUUCUCAUCUGUAAACAAAAAAUUUCUAUGACCUCCCUUUGCGUACCGCUUGUUUCGAUUUUACCACCCUAUUCUCUUUUAAAUUAUCAGUUAAGAAAUGACCAGUACGUCUCUUAUAGGCUGCAAGUCCUAAGUCAUCUUUUAAAAUACGCGACAUGGUUCUAGGUGCUAUCUUCAUCUCCCGACAUAAAAUCUUUUGCUUUCGGACAGGAUUUCUUCGAAUUCUUUCCCUUACUGCUUUGACCACCUUUUUCCUACGAACACUACGUGGACGGCCAGAUCUUUUUCUGUCACAAACAGAGGAGGUCUCAUUGCACCUAUUAAUAGCCCGGUACACAAACAUUUUACUAAUACCAAGCGUAUGGAGAGUUUUAAAAAUUGCAUUUGGCUCCAUACCUACUUUGUGUAAUGCAAUCACAGCAAUUCGGUUCUCUUUAUCACAGCACUCCAUUUUAAUAUCGCAAAAUAUUGUACAAUGUAUUGGCGCCAAAAUGAGAAUACUCAAUGCGCAUAUAAAAAUAACAGAUUCCAAAUUCAAAUGUAAUAUUUUGUUUAUUUUCAAUUGUAACAGUGUUUAUGGCCAGACUACUUAUUAGAAUAAAUGAUGAGAAUAAAAUUAAAUAGGACAUUCUCUCAAUUGGCUGAUGAUUUUGAUUUAUCUGUAAGUCAAGCAAGCAAUAUAUUUUUCAACAAGCUCCUAGAAAUUACAAAUGUAAUUGUAAGACAAAACUUGUUAGACAAUUUUCAGCAAAAACUAUCAAGUUAAACCUACCUAUGCCUUUUUGAUAACCAAGUCAUAUGUAUCAUUGAUUGUUUGGAAAUAGAAAUACAAAAACCUAAAAAUGCCAUGUACCAAUCUCUAACCUGGUCAAAGUAUAAAAAAACCAAUACAAUAAAAUAUCUUGUUGCAUGCACUCCAGAUGGUCUGGUCAGUUUUAUUUCCAAUGGAUAUGCAGGAAGGUUAAGUGAUAUCAACUUGGUGGAAAAUAGCAAGUUUUUAGACAGUUUGCCACCUACAAGACGCUUUAAUUAAAUCCGUAAUCCUUACUUAUAAAUACGAAUUUUUGGAAGUAUUUUUACUCUUCAUUCAAAAACGACUGAACAGAUUUUAAUAAAACUUCUAUGCUGGUCUUCUAUGGCUAGCAACUCAUUAUUAUUUUGAUUCUGUUUUCAACGAAUGUGCUAAAUAUGGGCUUAUAUAUGAAAAGGAAUAAAGAUAACAUAUUUAAAUUGAAAUAUUAUAUUUAUUAAAUCACAUUCACUUUGUACACAUCAAUAUUUUGUACUCCCGAAAAGGAAAAUAGGUAUAUAGAUUGUUUUAGGAAUUUAACAUUAUACUUUUCUGUAAGAUUGGAAAUGUUAUUCUUCCAAAAAGAAACUACAUUAUCUAACAACUGUGCAACAUGCUCGGGAUCAAAAUCAAUACUAAUUAUAGUGACCUGAUAAUUUUUUUCAAACUUGCUGCUUCUUACACAAAAUUAGCAAGUUUUAGUUUUAGCACAAUACAUAUUUUAUGCAUUUUAAAUUGUGCAUAAUAUCUUUCUGUUAUAACUCCAUCCUUAGCAAUACAAUUCAAUGCAGUUUCUGUUGUUGGACAUUUAAUCUCAAAUGUGGUUUUCUUAUUAAUUCCAUCUGGCAAGCCAGCAACGAUUGGAGUUAUAUCUGAAAUAUAUAGACCACAUUUAUCAAUUUUCAUUCCAAUUGACUUUUCCACUGAUUUCCGUGCUGCAUACUCUAGUUUUUUUCCUCUUAGUAUGGCUGGAGUUUCAGAGACUUGCACCCAGGAUCAUAGCUACCAGUCCCAUCGAUGGUUUUACAACGACCGACUUCAUAGCAGUUUGAGGCUGUAAUCCUGCCAUACCUUAGCUCGUGCCACAGGCUGCUUUUAUCUUGCUCUCUGGUUUCUGUUUUCAUUGCCGAAAUGUUCUUUUGGUUAAAAACUAUGGAUAAAUUAUUUAAGAAAACAUCACAAUUUUGAUGUCCGUAAUUAAUCAUAAGGUGAUGCAGCGAUAAAUUUACACUGUUUUCAAAGUCCAUGUUUUAAUUUUUCUUCUUAUGCAUUCCAGCACAAAUUCCGAUACCACACUAUUAUUUGGUAUCAUGUUUUUGAGUAUUCUUUUGAUAUUUGGCUUGCCAUGAGUAUUUUUAUUGAAGAUCCCAAUGGACAACGAACAUUGAAAAUUAUAUGAAAAAAUUGUAAAGCUUUUUCAAGAGCUCUGAAUCCAUAUCUUGUUAUUAUUCUGUGGUUAGCACCUAUAGCUGGAAUAGUUCGUGUGUAAAUUUGACACAAACUAUUUGAGCAUGAAGUAGUUUCAAUAAAACUUGGUGCAGAUUCAUGUUAUUUUUUCCAAAGCUGGAUGACGUUAUCAAUAUGGCAAUUUAUGUAGGGAGAAACCAUAAUUUUUGAACUAUCUUCUUCUAAUUUUUUUGUGUCAUUAAUAGGAUGUAAAAUAGCCAUUCGUUUUUCGUAUAUUUUCCGUGCAUUCUGAAAUUCUGCUGGCUUUUCAGACCAGUACCCCUGGCAUCGACCGCCUUCUUCACUCUCUCGAGCACCUCGUCGGCAGUCUCCUGAUUGCGUUCGAGGGUGACCGCCAUCGAGUGAAGUGCCGGUCGACGCUCGGGCUUGACUGCUGCUGCGACGCUAGCCUAAGUCCUAGGUUCGCAUGGUUGCUUACUUUUUGCGACCUCAGUCACUGUUUCUUUGACCGCCGCGAUAUCCCCCGCAAUAUUUUCGAGUUUCUCAUAGAAAAUAAUCUGGGAGCGAUGAGCGAUCCUGACGGCCUCUGUCGUAUGGUCAAUGGCCGCUUUAGCGUCGUCGAUUUUUUCGCCAAUCUUGCGGACGAUGUCAUCGUCUUGGAACCUGAUAUGGUCGUCGAAGCGAGCUAGCAUUCUCUUCUCCAGUUCGUUCAGUCGCUGUUGUACCUGAUUCUCCACUUCGCCCAACUUUUCUAAGCUGUGAAAGUCUUUUUCGGGCGAUCUGGCUGAACGGGGCGACCGUGUUUUGGUUGCUGCUGCUUCCAAACUUGUCACUCGCUUGCUUAUUUCAAAUAAAAUACGGAGGCACUUAUCGGACUGCCCCUCCAGGAAGGUCUUUAUGUCUUUCCUCAUUUGAGGGUAUUCUUGGACUUUACAUGGAAUGUCCUCAAAGGUCUUCAUCACCUCCUGGAGGAGCGCGUCACUCGGUUUCACCGCGUAGUCCUCUAUAUGCUUAUUAUAAAUCGCCAUAUUGUCCAGCGAUCUCCUUUUCCGGUCAGGUCUCCGGAUAAAAGUUUUUGCAGCGUCCUGCGCUGGUGCAGGUGGAGUUGAAGUGGGCCACUAUUUUAUUACCAAUAGUGGCGUUUGCGACCACAUACACAACAAAGUAUUGAUAGAAAGCGAGAGUGGAAUACCAAGGGAUGUUAAGGAAUUAAUAAAUGAGGAACAGUCAUUUAAGGAGCAUGUAACGGUAAGCGUUACACUAACCGUUAGCCACAGUGGAGAGUACAAGUUCUCAGAAUGGCGCCUUUAAAUAAAAAGAAUGAAGUGCAGUCACAACAAUAAAUAUAUUAAACUAAAGCACAUAAAUACAAAAUAAAAGAAAAUAACUAUAUAAAAAAAGAACACUUAAAAUACUUACCUAGAUUGUUCAAAAGGUUAACACAGUUACAAAAUUAAAGAGGGUAAAUCGCCUGAUAGUUGUGCAUCGAAAUAUUACAGUUAAAGAAUGACACGUAUCUUUUAAAUUAUGGUGAUUAAGAAGACUAGGAUCCUGGGGUCCAUCAAUGAUACUCUAGUUCUUUGGCGUCAGUUGAAAAGUAUUAGGAUCAGAAUUUGAUUCCGCGAAGUUACGGGACGUUCCACGGAGCGUAUUCCAAUUAAAAUAAAAAAGUCUCGCUUGACGGGACUAUUGGAACCCUAUAAUGCAUUAAUUAUUCAUAGUAAGUAACAAGAAACAUUACAGCUUGAACAUAUGAAAAAUUAAAGUCUUACCGAUAUCACAAAUCAGGCACUAAUAAUUAACUUGAAUGUGUAAUAUUUGUAUACAGUUAACUAUGAGUUUGUUCUCAUGACCUUUCCUUCAACUAUAUGGCGCGGCUUCUGAAUGAGUGGUUAUAGCGGUAGCACGCCCUUUUAUACAAGUGCGAACAAACGAUGUCCCGAUGCAGCGCGUUCGCAUGCGCGAGCCGCUAGUAUCAGAGCUCUAUCUCAAUGCAGAGCACGCCAAUUCACGGGUCGCUUUAAAACUAUGCAACUAACAUUAAGGUGUUACAAAGCACGCGAAAAAAAUAUGACUUAAAUUGCCAACAUCAGCGCCGCAAUCACACAUAUUGUUAUUUAUUGACUAUACCCAAUCUAGCCAAAUAAGAUGGAGUGCAAACUUGACCCAGUCUCAUCCAGAUUAUGAUAGUAGUAUAACGUGUCUGUGUCUGAGGGUGUCCCUGGUAUGCUGAUGUUACAUGAGGCCGAGUCGCGUCACUCCCCAAAAGGUGAUCUAUGGGUCGAGAGACACGGGGCAGAGUCGCACCACUUCUAGACACGUCACCACCGGUAGACAACCGGUGAACAGGAGACUCGGUGAGGAGGAUCUCAGGGCGCCACCACUUACCGUUCUGGGAGACUCACGCCAAUAAAUAACAACAAUUACAAUAUAACACUUGUGUUUAUUCACUACAAAUAACACAGAUACAUUAGUUAUAAUAGUUCACAAAGAUUUAUUUAGUGGUAAGGUACUAGUGGUUAGGUUACAUGUGUGUCGGUAGGUAUACCGAACACACGAGAAAGUAAUCAAUGAAAAUGAGAUUAAAAUUAAAAUACUAUAACCAAUGACGGUUUCACCAGUUUAGUUCACAAAUGGACGAUGAAAGUUCACCGGAUUUCUUCCCAGCAACUGGGGUUGCUGGAUCCGAGCUAGGUUGUGUAUGCAGGUGUGUUCUUGGUCUACUGUAGUCAAGUACUCUUUCUAGGAUCGCCUAGCCAGAGCAUCUCGCUUCCGGCAGCGUCCACGCAGAAAGGUACUGCGGGAUCUCGAAGGUGGUCUAUAGGUCACACUCCGCACCCUAACUGAUGUGCAUAUAAUGUACCAGUUAUUAGGACCUACACGAUAAGACAAAGUGGUGUUAACUUCUAAUUAGUUAAAGUUUGUGGACACAGUGUGGAGAAUAAAUUAUGAAACACUUACCCUGGUUUAAUAUAAGACACCAAGGAACUAUUUAAUUGACUCUGGUAAAUGCGUAAGAAUACUUUCACCUCGCAGCUCGAGAGAUAUUGAUAGAAAAAGGACUUGGACAAAGUGACUUGUCCUUUUAUAUGAAUAGUCUUACGGUUCUCGAAGAUACCGCCUAUAGUGCUGUGCUAAUCUCACCUUCAAACCACAGACAAGAUAGCACAGUCGACGCCAUACAGCGUCGAGUGAGAGAACUAAGCAGUUUCAUAAUCAUAUUAUUUCCCCACACUGCGCCAAGUAUACGCUAGAUGGCGUUAAUUUCUAAAAAAAAUUAAAUUCAAUUUUUCUAACGUUACAGCAGUUGUGAUCUUACUAAAUCUAAAACUGUAAUACUAAGGCUUGGUAGAAAUUAAAGUUCGAAUUUGAGCAUAAUUCUUUCCUUUAUUUUGACUAGAAAUAGCACAUGUUUGUCCCCAAGAUUCGCGCAGAUCUGAAUUUGGAAGACACAAAAGAUCAUUUAUGUAGUUUUACUAUGGAUAAAUAUCUCCACAAUCCACGGCAUCAUUGGCAAGUUUACAGCAUCAUUGACAGCAAGUUCGUUGCCAGAAAUACCUAUGUACGGUUUGCACAUAUCUAACUAAUACGUGGACACGCCGUGCGUCGUCAUUGUGGUGUCAGGUUAUUUUAUUAUAUUCUUAGAGCAGUGCACUUAGCAACACGCACUCGUUAAGACGUUACCAUCUGUGCUUAACCGACAUAAUAAAGGUGCUCAAACAACAUACUUAGUUUACUCUUCGGAACUCAACAAAACUUCCCCUUGGACCCCAACAACCUACGUGACUAGGAAUCCAGGCAAAAAUUACAUCGAAUCCUUUAAAUCUGAAAUCCUUGAAUCCUUGAUGAAUGCAUCUGAAAUCACUCUAGGUGAGCUGCAUUCACUUCAUGUUGUCAUAAGGGUAAAGCAAUAUUACCAUCCUUAAGUCAAAAUGAAUAUUUUAAAUCAUUGUGCAAUAGACUUAUUUGAAAUUAACCUUCAAUAAAAAGGGAAGUUGUUCAGGCCAGUGCCUCCAAUUAUUUUAAUAGCAAUGUCAAAGAUGCUAGCCUUCUAUGGCGCUAAGCAUCACAGUUUAAUAACUUAAUGUAUUUCACUAUCAUUCGUCCAUUCACUACCCGCUCUUCAAGCACGCUGUACAUCUCCGUUUAAAUAUAUAAGAAUAAUAUCAAGUGCUGGAGUUUUAUUACCACAAGAAACUCCCUUAUGUACCACAAGCCGGUACAUAAAUUGGUGGUCCAUGAGGGGAACGAAGCUGCGACAAAUUAACGAAGAAAUCACGGGACACCCUUGGUUGUCAAGAAGAUUGGAAUUUUGAAGAUUUUCGUUGGAGACUCAGAGGAGACUCAACGAGCCAAGUUAUCAGGACUUCAGUGGUCAGUGGAUUAGCUAAAGGUUCACGCCGGGAGCUGCGGUCUGCGAAAAGAUAAGUGCCCUUUCCUUGCCAACCUACCCUCAUUAAAUGAUGUAAUGAGAUGUACAGCGUGCUUGAUCAACGGGUGGUGGCCCAUGAGAGGAACGAAGCCGCGACAAAUUAAAGAAGAAAUCACGGGACUCCCCUUGGUUGUCAAGGGCAUUGGAAUUUUGAGGAUUUUCGUUGGAGACUCAGAGGAGACUCAAGGAGCCAACUUAUCAGGACUUCAGUGGUCAGUGGAUCAGCUAAAGGUUCACGCCGGGAGCUGCGGUCUGCGAAAAGAUGAAAUUGUGGCAUUAUUCUGCCACGGCUACCUGAGUGCGGACCUGCGCGCUAAAAUCAGCUGAUGCGUGCGCGCGCCAAUUAGGAGCUAACGCGUGGCCGCGUUAUCGCAAGUAACGCCGGGCUGCUGCGCCGGCAGUCCGCCACAAAGCCUCGUACUAAUCGCGCGUUUCUCUCACUAUUGUAAUUUCACAUAUUUGUUAGUCGUUUGUUUUGUGUCUCGUUAAUUUGUUAAUAAUCUGUAGUGUAUCGUGUUGUCGUAAUUUACAACUAUUUUCCGUAUUGUUUUAUUUAAUAUACCGACAUCGUUUCUGCUUGUGGCCGGACGCCGUUCGGGUUCGAUUCCUGAACGUGUUGAGUCUGUGCUUAUAUGAGCGUGUGUGAUAUUAUGCAGGGUGAUAAUUAUUAAUAAGACACGACAGUUUGCAACCUGUUUAUUGGGCGACGACUCGACACAGACUGUCUCAGCUAAGUCGCUACAUCACUCCCCCCUUAAAAAUAAGACAUAAAAUAAAAAAAUUAUUACAAAAAAUAAGAGUAAAAUGUAAAAAAGUAUAUAAGACAAUGUAAAAAAAUAAUAGUGUAAAAAUCAUAACUUUGUAACAUUAUUCAUUGAUUAACAAAUAAGAAAUACAAAAUAAAAGCAAUCCUAUUUAAAAACAUUUUUAAACUUCAAGUCAUUUGUAGCACUAUUUCACAAAGGAGAAACCCCAUUUUGGGCCUAAGCGUUACACGAAUGGGAUAUGUACCAAAAAAUUCGUCUAUUUUGCUUGAUUAACCUAUUAAAAUCUUAGCUUCAUUGACAAUGGCCAAGUGUAGAAAAUAAGUUGAAUUCAAUUUUUUGUUUUAAACAAUCUUUGUAAACAUCUGCAACACUUAUUUCAAUAUACGUAACUAGCUCCACAAACGUGCGGAUUAGAAUUAGAACAUCCAUAAAAUAGGAUCGAUUUAGUGGAAAUCAAGUGUAAAAAAUAAUUAAUACUCUUUUGCUUAAGGAUAAAUGACUGUUUUUAUAGGUAUUUUAAUCAAUGUAAAUAGAGUAUGGCCAUCGAAUCGUGACACAACUACUUACAAUGGCGGCAAUUCAAAAUAUCCACAACCGACAACAUUAAAUAUAGCAUGAAAGGGUAGUUUUGCAUUUUUAUAUUAAUGUGACUAUGCCAUAGAAAAACACAAAUGUAUCAAAUCGUGUUAUGUUAUCUUUAAUGUUGCCAACUGAAGAUAUUUUGGAUUUUGCCGUAAAGCAGUAGUAAUGCGUUUCAGUUUGAAGGGCGGGGCAGCCGUUGUAACUAUACUGAGACCUUAGAACUUAUAUCUCAAGGUGGGUGGCGCAUUUACGUCGUACAUGUCUAUGAGCUCCAGUAACCACUUAACAUCAGGUGGGCUGUGAGCUCGUCGAUGGGUAUCUAAGCAAUAAAAAAUAAAAAUAAAAAAGGCAUGAAAUAAAAUGAAAUGAAAUGUGAUGAGAUAAUAUUAUGGGAGCACGUAAUGAUUUAUAUUUUAUAUAAUUUAUAUUUUAUAUAAAAAAGUUAUCAGUUAAAUAUAGUUUUUCAUAUAAAAAAGUUUUCAUUAAAAUUAAAAUAAGACUGACCUAAAGGUCUUAGUUACCAGGUCAUAAAAUCCCUUAAAAAAAUCAUUUCGUGCGCAGCGCGUUUCGCAUUACGUUGUUUUUAAUUUUUGGCUUUCGUUCGUUUUCGUAAACAACCUAACGCGCGAUUUCUCGUAACAGGUUCCAUUUUUAUUUUAAAGCAACCUGUGGCUGCAACAGGUUUCGUAAAAAAUUACUCAUCUUUAGUAGGAAACAGCCUCAAAAAUAUCGUUUUUAUUAAAAUAUCUCGAACAAUAAACAUAACCUAAAAUGUAAACAUUGUCUGAUUUUACCAAUUUGGCCAUUGCUGGGAGACCUGAAAAUUGGGCUCAUGAAACCUUCUUAGGUAUUGUAACUUAUGCCCAAAUUCUAGCACUGUAACGCCAGGCCCAAGUUUGUAUGGAUUUCGGGUUUGUCCUUUCCAACUUAGUGGCUGGUUUUGCAACGCUGCCUGGUUCUUGGGGUCGCCGAAAGCUCAACCUCGUGUUCGCGCUCUGCGCUCGGUUCGGGAUAUCCGUAAUUUGCUUCGUGAACCAUUUUUUACACUCUACCGGCAUCCUCUGUACAGGAUACAGAACAUGACUAUUUCUACAAGGAUAAUACCUGUUAUCCCCACCAGAGCAGUUGUAUCUGUCGUAGUAACGCCACCUUGGUUUACUAAAACUUCCUCUUUUGAUGACUGGUUACCCAUUUUAAUUUGUUAAUUUAUAGAACGUGUUAUUUAUUUGCCUUAUGAAUUUAGAAUGUCUACAAUUUAGUAAAUUAUUAUAAUUAAUUUAUUGCGAAAUACUUUGUACUGUGCAAAAGAUAUCGUUUUUCUAUUCACCUACUUAUGCCCGGUUCCAAAAAAUAACGAAUCGUCAUUGUAUUAUAACAACUAAUCGUAAUCAUGCUACCAAUACGUAGGCGUAUAUUAGCGUUCCACAACUAUUUUACUUGCCGCGUUACCUACGAGCAUCCGUUGGCGCGCUGCUUACUAACGAAUCCCUCUGCGUUUCGUUAAUGCAAAUGAUUGUGUCACAAAGAUCCUUUAAAAAUAAAAACUCUUUUCAAAAUACAUAAGUUUUUAUUAGUAUUUUUACAUAAAUAUUUUAAAAUAAUAUAAAUUAAUUGUAAUUCAUCACAUGUGUAAUUUUAUUUGAACAUUCACAAUUUAAAAACAGUUACUUUAGUUUUAACUGUAAUGUGAACAAAACGCCAUGAAGAGACAAAGGAAACGCCAGAUGUCGGCCGGACCGCGCCAAAAUACCAAAAAAAUUGUGUUAGCGUCGUACUUUGUUGUUCGUUUAUUUCAUUACAAACUGAUAAAUUAUCACUAACGUACCUUAUUUUAGUGUCCACUAUCUAGUUUAUAAUAUUGUUAAAUAAUUUUUAGCUUAAACUUACAUAAAACUGCUAAAAAUGGAAGUGUUUCCGGUAAGUUAUCCGUGUUCAAAUAUUGUGGAUUAAAUGUUUUCUAAUCGUGUAAAAAAGAACCUUUUUUUUUUUUUUUUUUUUUUCGGGUAGAGGGCCGAACCUCCUACGAGGUCCCCGCGCAAAAGGGGCGCGCGGGGUAUGUGAGACUCAACGAUCUGCAUGGUGUUGUGAGCAGACCGCGGGCCCAAGGAUUUUAGGACCCACCCACUAAACGACUCCCCUGCACUCUUACACCCGACGUCCGAUCCCCUCCGAGGUCAGAACCCGGAUGAGGUAGGGGGGCUACCGCGGUCAACACUACAACCAGACGGCGCGGCUCACCCCAAGGACGCCCAGCCGACGGAGCCUUCGAGGCGAAUCGAAGGCUCUGAAACGUCGGCCGUCUCGGUACGGCAGCCCGUCGGGCCGCCCAGACGGUGCCGCUGGUGUCCCGGAAUACCCCGCUGGACCAGAACCAGCCUGCCGGGUCGGGACGCGAUACACCGUCGACCGGUCGCUCUAAUCACUCCACGGCGGCGCGCUAGAGUGCUGGUAGCGCGCCGCACGGCCUCACCCCCUCAGGUCGCCCCUUGACCUUCACCGGGGGGAGGCCGCCACCUACAGGGGCCGGGACGUACGGGCGUAUUCCCGCCUCCGGCCCCCGGCUCGACGGCGACGGAUCGGUGCGGAAAGGGAAGAGCUCUCCCUCUCUCGCUCCGCCGCCUCCUUCUGCGAUAUGGUGGACUCGCAGAAGUCGAGCAUCGCCUUCCAGGACGCCUCGCUGCCGAGCAUCGUAGCCACGACGCGCGGCAGCGAGAGGUCCUCUCCAAUGACCGCGACGAGGGCGGCGCGUUGCUCGUCAAAUCCAGAGCAACGCGCCAAUGUGUGUUCCGCUGUGUCUUCCUCGUCGCGGUCAGCGCAGUGGUGGCACUGCGCCGUCGGUUCCCUUCCGGCUAUUUUGAAAAGGUACCGGCCAAAACAACCAUGGCCGGUCAACAUUUGCGUCAGCCGGAAGGUGAGGCAUCCGCGGUCGCGGCCCACCCAGUCCGCGAGAACCGGGCGGACCGCCUCGACGGUACGGAGGCCGGCCGACGGGUCCGCCAAGCGGCGAGACCACGCCUCCAGCACGGACCGCCGAGAUUGGAGCCUCCGCGCUCGAACUACUCCUUCGCCGGGGCGCCCUUCCCCCCUGUGUACCUACCAAUUUCUUGGAUGGAAAGGAUGAAGUUGCAUGUCUCAUAGAGAUAAUAGAAGGCAGUCCUAUAAUUACGAGCAAGGAAACCAACGCCACUACCAACAGACUCAAAAAGAAGCAUGGGUGGCCCUUACGGCUGCCUACAAUGCCAAGUGUGGCUCCUUCCCCAAGCAGAAGGAACAGCUCAAAUUAAAAUGGGACAAUUUGAAAAAGAUGGCCCGAAAGAGAGCACAAAAAGUACGAAUGAAUAGUCUAAAGACUGGUGGUGGAAAACCUGACUUCAUCCCACCAGAUGAAUUGUUAGAAAAAGUAACAUCUCUUUUGGGGUCGACCUGCACUGGGUUCGAUGUCCCUUUUGGUGGUGACGGAUUAGGCGUUGGUAUGGUGCUGGAAUUGGAAGUCGGUGGGCUUGAACUUCAGAACCAGUCGGAUCAUUGUGAACCCGAAACUGAAGGGAAUGUGGUUCUGUGUCCAAGUCCAAAAAGAGACAAUAAAACAAAGCACCAUGUGAGGUGCAAUUAGAAGACCAAAGAUCAUUUACACCAAAAAAAUUUUUCGGAAUGCAGAGCAUGUCUAAAUGCUUGCAAACCAAAGCAAGGAAGAAAAAAGACGCAAGAGAUGAUGGGCGCCUUGAACUAAAUCUUGCUAUGGCCAAAUAUUAUGAGAAGGCUGAAAAAUUAGAUUUAGAAAUUCAGCUGUUAAAGAAAGAAAUUUCAGACAAAGAUAACAAUAGUGCUUAAAAAGUACUUAGAACUAGCAACUGAAAUUCUAAAUUUAAUUUUUUAGCCUUAUUUUAAUAUUAACCAUAUCCAUUUUUUAUAUUAACUAGUUUUUUUACCCUUUAGUGCCAUGUUAUUAGGAAUUAGGAUAAGUUUAUGACAAUUUUUUUUUUAAAUUGUUAAAAUAAGGCAAAGAUAAAAAUUGUAUUUUCUUUUUGUAUUUUAUAAAAUUGUAUUUGUAUUUAAAAAAGAUAAAAAUUGUAUUUUCAAUU